AUGUCAAAAAACUGCAACUACGAACAGUUGAGAGAUUCUUUGAUAAGAGAUCGGAUUGUUGUAGGCGUUGGUGACAACCACACGAGGAAACGGCUACUACUGAUGAGAAAUCUGAACCUUCAGCAAUGUCUAGAUACCGCUAGGGCAUAUGAAUCCACAAAUCAGCAUCUUCAAGAGAUGGCUCAGGGAAAAUCGGAAGACGUUCAAGCUUUUCAGCAUAGAACAAAGAAAAAGUCUACUGUUGGUCUGCAGGUUGGUCAAAAGAGAGUUACUUUGAUCAACUAUUAUUACUGUGAUAAACGACAUCCCAAGAGGAAAGAGGAGUGUCCUGCUUGGGGAAAGACCUGUAAUAUCUGCAAGAAAGAAAACCACUUUGCUUUAAAAUGUCCUACUAGGAGAUUCAAACCAAGGAGUGAUCGAAAACAAAAAUCUAAAGAAAAACUAUAUACAGUAGAAGACAACUCUGAUGACAGUAGUGAGGGAAGUCUUAUGUCCGUGGAUGCUAUUGCUGAGGUUGCUGCUGUUAAUGUUGGUGGUGAAACAUAUCCUACUAGAAUCUUUGCGGACAUGAUAGUAAACGGACAGAAAGUGAACUUUCAGAUAGAUAGUGGAGCGAGUGUAAACGUAAUAUCUGAAGCAGUAUAUUCAGGUUUGUCUGAAGAAAAGCUGGAAACUAGUAACACUACACUUAUUAUGUUCAACAAAUCUCAGAUCAAACCAGUAGGAAAAUGCAGAUUAAGGAUUCUCAAUCCUAAAACUAAGAAAGAAUACAGUGCAGAGUUCCAAGUUGUAAAAGAGAAAUGUCGAUCUGUAUUGGGGUCGAGAACCGUGCAGAAAAUGAAACUAAUAACUGUGAAUCAAAACAAUUUUGAGUCUGUACAUGGUGUGGAGACCAUGCUUCCUCUCAGGAAAAAAGACAUUGAAACACAGUUCACUGAUGUGUUCACAAGAGAUGGUAAACUGGAAGGAGAGUUACAUCUAGAAGUGGAUCCAGCGGUAGUACCAGUACAGAUACCACCAAGGAAACUGCCUUUGGCAAAAAAGACAAUGGUCAAGAAACAUAUUGACAGACUUGUCAAGAAAAAUGUUUUGGCUCCUGUCUCAGUACCUACAGAUUGGGUGUCUUCUAUGGUAGUAUGCAAUAAACAAAGUGGCAUACGUCUCUGUAUAGACCCAACACCUUUAAACAAAGCUUUGAAGAGAAACCACUAUCCAUUACCCACGAUUGAUGAUAUCCUUCCUGAACUGUCAACGGCUAAGUUGUUCACUGUACUUGAUGCAAAAGAUGGGUUUUGGCAUGUUGUCUUAGAUGAAGAGUCUAGUUACUUAACUACAUUCUCAACUCCAUUUGGUCGUUACAGGUGGAAGCGGAUGCCAUUUGGAAUUUCUCCAGCGCCUGAGGAAUUUCAAAGGAGACUGCAAGAAGCUCUAGAAGGAUUAGAAGGAGUGGCUGUUGUAACUGAUGACAUACUACUAUAUGCACUGGAUGAAGCUGAUCAUGAUCGUAAACUAGUUUUGUUGUUGAGGAGAUGCCAAGAGAAAGGUAUUCGGCUCAACAAAGACAAAAUGAAGUUUAAACAGACUGAAGUUAAAUAUGUUGGACAUACUCUAACUGCAUCAGGUCUGAAACCUGAUCCAGCCAAAGUUGAAGCAAUCAUUAAGAUGCCACCCCCUUCUGAUAAACAAGGAGUGCAACGCUUGAUUGGGAUGGUGAACUACGUUGCCAAGUUUGCUCCACAGCUAGCAACAGUCACUGCUCUGAUUCGGGAAUUACUGAAAGCAGAAGUAGCGUUUUACUGGGAUGAGACUAUACAAGGGAAAGCUUUCAGCAAAGUGAAAGAUAUUCUGUCAAGGGCUCCUGUCCUUGGAUACUUUGACAAUGAUAAGCCAGUAGUUUUGCAAUGUGAUGCAAGCCAGCAUGGGCUUGGAGCUUGUCUUAUGCAGGAGGGAAAACCUGUUGCAUAUGCUUCACGAUCUCUGAACACAACAGAAUGUAAUUAUGCACAGAUCGAAAAAGAACUUCUAGCGAUCGUGUUUGGUGUUGAAAAAUUUGAAACAUACUUGUUUGGCAGAUCUUUUACUGUGGAAUCGGACCACAAGCCGCUGGAAAGUAUUUUCAAAAAGAGCCUACUGAAUGCGCCAAAGAGACUACAAAGAAUGCUGUUGAGACUACAAAAGUUUGAAUUUGUCUUGGUAUAUAAGAAGGGAUCGUCAAUGUUCAUGGCAGAUGCUUUGAGCAGAGCAUACAUACCACAUCUGACAAAAGAGGUACAUGAUGGUGAAGUAUUUCAUGUGGAUGUGCGGACUGUAACUGAAAAAGAUGUUGAACUGAUAAAUAUGUCGGAGGAUGUAAGGAUGACUCCAGAAACUCUGGAGGAAAUACAACAAGCAUCUGAAACUGAUACAGUGAUGAAUCAACUAAAGAAAAUCAUUGUACAAGGAUGGCCAGAGACAAAAGCAGAAAUACAAAUAUCAGUUCAAGAUUAUUUCAACAUUCGGGAUGAGUUAACUGUACAAGAUGGUCUUGUCUACAAAGGAGACCGUAUUGUAAUCCCUACAGCAAUGAGAGGGAAAAUCAAAGAAAGAAUUCACAGAAGUCAUCUAGGAAUUCAAGGAUGCCUUAGACGGGCAAGAGAAGUGGUUUAUUGGCCGAGGAUUAACAAAGAAAUUGAAGAAUGUAUUUCAAAAUGCUCUGUCUGCAGAGAAUUCUCAGUGAAACAACAAAAAGAACCACUCAUCAGUCAAGAGAUACCAGAUCGACCAUGGCAAAAAGUCAGCAUGGACCUUUUCGAAACUGAAGGCUGUGAUUAUCUAGUCAUUGUUGAUCACUAUUCAGACUUUUUCGAAGUUGACAAACUAAGUGCAAACAAGAAAGCAUCACAAGUUAUUGGAAAGAUCAAGGCUCAGUUUGCAAGGCAUGGUAUUCCCGAAGAAAUGUUCACAGACAAUGGACCUCCGUUCAACUCAAAAGAAUUCAGUGAGUUCGCAAAGGAGUAUGGAUGUAUGCAUGUUACAAGUUCACCAAGAUAUCCACAAUCAAAUGGAAAGGCAGAGAGUGCUGUCAAAAUAGCUCAGUCUAUCAUCAAGAAAGCUCACAGAGCUAACACCGACCCAUACAUUGGCCUACUCGACUACUACAACACUCCGACAGAGUUGGUAACCACAUCGCCAGCACAACGGAUGUUUUCUCGCAGAACUAGAACAUUGUUGCCUACUGCUCGACGUCUGCUCACACCAGAAGUAGUCAAAGAUGUCAAAGAAAAACUGUAUUAUCGGAAAGAAAAGCAGGUAAAGUACUACAACAGAAGUACAAAAGAGCUUGAAAGUUUAAAACCUGGUGAUAUUGUGAGGAUACAACCAGUAGAAAAAGGGAAAUGGGUUUUGGCUAAAGUUGAAGGGCAAGUGGAUGUGAGGUCAUACCAAGUGCGAACAGAAAAUGGUAGAACCUACAGAAGGAACAGAAAACAUCUAAGAAAAACGGGAGAAGAGUAUGCACCAGAACCAUACGUACCAGAACCAUGUAUUCUUCCUGUAAACAUUCAACCUAUCCAACCUACCCAGGAGAGAUGCGAAAACAAAGAAGCACAGAGUACUACAAUACAUCAGUCAAUGUCGGAGAUACCAGUUCAGACUAAGACGGUGCGAAAAUCACCCGAGAAGCUGAAACGCGCAUUUGGUGAAAAACGUAUUGUUACAAGAAGCGGAAGAGUGUCCAAACCAAACCCAAAGUUUAAAUAA